AUGGAGAGCUUGUUGAACGUGCACGUUACCUCAAAGCUGUUGCUGCAAGGCACCAUUACUGCCUCGGGCGAUCUGGUUUCCUUCUUGUAUAUUGUUGAUCUGCUUAUGGGUUGCCUAAAUUCUAGAGCGGUCACUAAGGACGGUCGAGAGGCUUUUGCAUUGGAAGCUUUGUGCAUCGCAGGUGUGUGGAAGCAAUUUGAGCUUGCGCUCAAGGAAGGGCUCGCCCUCGUGAAUGGAACCGCGGUCGGCUCCGCCCUCGCUUUCACUAUGUCCUACAACGCUAACAUCAUGGUAUUCCUUGCAAAGAUUAUGUUGAUGUUCUUCUACGAGGCAAUACAAGGCAAGCCGGAAUUUACCAAUCUCCUCACCUGCAAGCUCAAGCACCACCAUGGACAGAUAUUAGCCGCGGCCAUCAUGAAGGCUGAUGCCAAAUUCAAUGAGACUAAUCCCCUCCGUAAGCCCAAGCUGGACAGAGAUGCACUUAUGGCAAUUCAAGACAAUACUGGAAGAAGCACAAGCACAUGGAUAUUAUGUGAAGAAUUAAUCACAACAGAUAUUGCGGGGUCUGCUAUACUGACAUAA